AUGGCAUUACUCGAAGCCAGGCCAUUCAGGCCUUUCAAAUCUAGCGAGGAAUAUCUUUACGCGAUGAAAGAAGAUCUAGCAGAAUGGUUGCAGACCAUGUAUCCUCAUUUAAAUAUAGCCAUGGAGAAUUUUAUGGCGAAACUGGAGACUGGAGUUGCUUUGUGCGAGAGGUGUAAAAAUCCUGCUAAAUCGGGUUUACGAUGUGUGACGUGUGGUACUAUCUCACAUAACAGUUGUGUGCCAGGAUUAAAAAAUAUUGUUUACAUAGACAAUGAAUCUAUUAACUGCUGCAUUGACAACAAUGAUCUACCCAAAAUUCCUUCAGUAGUAGAGCAUUCUACAGAAAAUAUUAAUGAAGUUAAAAUUAAAUUCUUAGAACAAUUGCUUCAACAAAAAGAUCUUGUUAUUUCUAAUCAGGAAAUUGCAAUAAAAGCUCUGCAAGGACAGAUCAACUUGCUUACAGAAGAUAUAGUAUCCCUUAAAAGUACAGCACCCUUAAGAAAUGACAAUCGAAAUACCUUUCAAGAGUCUUCUAUACCAACUAUAAGUGAAGGGAUAAAAAAUGUACCUAUAGCGAACUUAAAGGAUAUACAGGGAUACGCCAAUACUACAAAGAAAUCAGUGCAUACCUUUAUAACAUCUGAUAUUUCUUCAGCCGUCCACCAAGCUGACGCAGCUAAUGAAAUCAUAAAAGUAUCCAUGUUUUUUUAG